AUGAGAUUAAAAGCUUCAUCUCUUAAAAAUCCAAAACAUGUUGGAGCUGUGAUCUGUGUUGGGUGGAAUAGUCCAGAAGAUGUUUUUUCUUGCGGAGAUGACCAUAAGCUCCUAAAAUGGAACCUUGCAACCAAUGAAUGCAUGACUGUUGCCACUUUUGCUGAUGAAUUUUUUCCAACUGGAUUACAUUUAUUUCCAAAAUUAAAUAUCACAGGAAAAAAGGCGAACAGCGAAGGUAUUUUGAUUUCGUCGACUGAUGGCAAAUUCCAUAUAUUAAACUACAACGGGCGUAUUGAAAAAAGCAUAAAUGCGCAUCAAGGUGCAUGCCUUAUCGCGUUAUGGAGUCCUAAUGCUGAUGGAAUUUUAACAGCUGGAGAAGACGGAUGCGUAAAAGUUUGGUCUUGUAAUGGUUUACUCAGAUCCACUGUUGUCGAAUCUGAUGUACCAUGCUAUAUGGCCGCAUGGAGUCCAGAUAGUAGUACGAUAUUAUACACCAAAAGACACCAUCUGGUUAUUCAUCCAUUGCAAGCUAAAUCAAAAAUAACCAAGUGGCCGAAUUCUUCACUGGAUUUACCCGUGGGCAGCAUAUAUAACGUCGCGUGGUCACCUGAUGGCACUCAAUUAGCGGCAGCUUGUGCUGAUGGUCACGUUAUCUUUGCUCAUGUAAUUGAAAGGAGGUACAAUUGGAAGAACUUCAGUUGUACUCAAACGGGACGUAAGGUUUUAGCAAUAAAGGAUAUAAUCACUGAAGAGAACGAUCAACUCGACUAUCCAGACAGCGUCGUGCAAAUCGCAUUGGGAUUCGACCAUUUAGUGGUGGCCACGGUUAAGCAAUGUUUCAUACACAAACUGACAUCUUGGAACACGCCAGUCACGUUCGACCUAAAGGAUGGAUCUGUGGGGCUCAUUUUAUUAGCGCAGAGAUGCAUGUGUGUGGUUGAACGAGGUCGUCUUUCGGUAUAUAGUUAUACUGGUCGUUUGCUCGCUAGUCCACAGUUCAAUUCCCGUGCGGAGGCUCGUGGGCGCACUUCUAUAUCGUUAGGGCCAGAUACAUUAGCAUCCAUAGAUCAGUCUAAUCCGACAAUUAUACAUAUCUAUGAUUUACCCACCGCUACGUAUUCAAUAAGUCGAGGUACGACUGACAGCAACGUUACAAAAAUAAAGCACCAUAUAGCGGUGUGCGGCAUCGCAUUGAGUCAAACGGGGCCGAUUAAUGAGAGGCAAAUUGCUCUUGUCGAUCGCAGAAGAGAUCUCUUUGUCGCCACUGUUAAGGAUGCCAAGCAAAAGCUUUUAGUACUGGGCCGAGCUGUCCUAAGCAUAAUGUGGAGUACAGAGUCCGAGCUAUUAGUUGGCUUGAAGAAGGAAAGUAUCGUGUGCUGGGCAUAUCAGAAAAAUAAUACUCGACCUGAACUCACUACAACCAAUGUUUCCUUACCUUCAAGCAAUAUAGGCCAUAACCCCAGUAUACAAAGUAUUGAAAAUGGAGUGGCAGCUAUUUUGCGCGGUAGAGGCUCCACCGUUAUGCAUAUAUCCCUUGGGAUUGUUCAUGUCGAGAUGGUACUGAAAUAUAUUGCUUCUAAUAUGUGGAAUGAAGCUGUACAGCUUUGUCGCACAUUAAAGGACACCAAAUUGUGGGGAUGUCUGGCGGAGCUUUCUUUGGAAAAGAAUCAACUGGAUAUUUCUGAAGAGGCGUUCAAAGAAGUACAUCAAUAUGCAGAAGUAUUUCGGAUUCAAUAUUUAAUAUGCGUACUGUUUUCUGUAAGCGGGAACAAUGAUGAGUCUAUGAGUGAACAUUCUUUAGAAUUGACCCAGUCCUUGAACUUGGCUCGACAAGAACUUAUUCAGGAUGCAUGCAGACGAUUUCCUUUAAAACAGAGCCUCGAUGAAUUAACUCCAAAUCAAUUUGAACAUAUUCUAGUUGAUGAUGACCAUAAACUUCUUUACUGCUAUGUUCCAAAGGUUGCGUGUACGAACUGGAAAAGAGUGUUAAUGAUACUGGCCGGAAAAUGGAUUAACACGGACGUUCUCUCUGUACCCGCCAAUCUUGCGCACUCGCCUGGAAUGUUCCGAAACAUGAGCACUGUCUCUAAGGAAGACAGGGACGCUAUGUUGGAAAACUACCACAAAAUGAUUAUCGUGAGGAAUCCGUUCGAACGAUUGUUGUCGGCGUAUAGAAAUAAAUUGGAAGGCGAAACGCAGAGUGCAAAAUAUUUUCAGGACCGAGUAGGCAAGAGAAUUAUACGAGCAUACCGCGAGAAUCCCUCCAACGAGUCGUUAGAGUACGGCCAUGACGUCACGUUCAAGGAGUUCGCUAUGUUCUUGACCAACAAAUCAGAAGAGCUGGCCGACGUGGUGAACAAUGAGCACUGGCAUCCUAUCACCAAUCUUUGUCACCCGUGCUUGAUAAAGUACACAUUAGUUGGUAAAUAUGAGACGCUGUUAGAUGACUCACUUCUCGCCCUGCACACUGUCAACGCCUCACACAUCCAGUUCCCUCGCCUCAUCCACACUUCAGGAACAGCCGAAAAGUUACACAGGUACUUCUCCCAACUCGAUCUACCUCUCAUCCGUCGCCUAUAUAAACUCUACAGGUACGACUACAGGCUGUUCAAUUAUGAUCUGGACAAUAUAGUUGGUUAUGAUCUAGGUUAG